UCCAUUUUGUUUCACAUUGAAAAAGAACAGGUUUAAGAUUCACAAGAGAGACGCUAUUUAGUUUUUGGUGAUUAAAUUUGGAAAUAUUUGGCUUGCUAAUAACGUCCAAAUAUAUAAUUUAACUAACCAUACUUAAAAUUUAUGGAGUGUAGGGUAAUUUUACACCAUCAAAGUUGUUUAACUCUUUUGUAAUUUGCGUUGUUAAUUAAAAAAGCUAUUAUUCAAUUAUCAUUGGCUUUAUCUCAGUUAACUAUUCUACACGCAUGUGAGAAAAUAAGGAAACCUUAAAGAACUACUUUCACGGUAUUUGUAUACUGGUGAUUAAAGCUUCUUCGACACGAUGCCAAAACGUGGCGGUGGAAGGAAUAGAAAUUGGAAGGCUGAUACUGACCAUUUUGAACACGAUGACCGUGUCAAUAGUGUGCCGAGACAUGUCAGUUUUAAACCUGGAGCUAAAGGAAAAAAUAAAUUUCGAACUUGGAAAAAUCCUUUAGCCCUCCUUGAUGAUGAUAUUGACAUGGGUAGUUCUGCUCUUCAAGGACCGGUCCGGAAAAGUUCUUUCAGGGGACGUGGGAGAAUGUACUCUCCAGCUCCGCAAGGAAGCCACGGACACACUAAAAAGAAAUUUAUUCCUGGUGUUCUGCCUUGGUACCAAAUAAUCAUUCCAUAUGGAGCAAAACAUGAAAAAGAUGUUAUCCUCCGAGCCUUGUUGGGUUUUCUUUCACCCGACAUAUUCAUUCCACAUUACUAUAAAGUCAAUGGUAAUGCUGCGGUAUUCUAUGUUGAUGAUGUUAAAACAGCUGAAAAACUUUAUAAUGCUGAUAGAAAGAUCACUAUGUCAGAUGGUUUUAAGUUAAUUGUUAUUGUGAGGAAUGCUGUUCCAAACAUGGCCAUUGACGCUGCCAUGAAAGAGAAGAUGAAAUUGACAAUGGCGAAGAGGUAUAAUGCUACAACUAAGGCAUUAGAUUUAACAAAAUUCCAUGCUGAUCCAGAUCUAGAAGAUAUAUUUUGUGCACUGUUCCGUCCAAUGAUAAUGUUGGCUGCUAUAGAUAUAAUAGCAGAGAAUAUUCCAGACAUAGAAGCUUUGAACCUAAAUGAUAAUAAGCUUCAUGGUUUGCAGCAUCUCAAGGUUUUGUCUUCAAAGCUGAAGAAUUUGAAAAUAUUGUAUAUGGGCGAUAAUAGGAUUCCAUUCCUUGGAUCACUGGACCCAAUCAGAUCAUUACCGCUAGUUGAGCUAUACCUCAAAGGAAACCCACUGGUGAACAGGUUUCAUGAUCACGAAAUCUACAUAAGUGAUGUCCGGAAGAAGUUUCCCAAGCUGACAAGAUUGGAUGGUGCGGAUCUUCCACCGGCUAUUGGAUUCGACGUGGCUGAAGAUAUGGGGCUUCCCCCUCGACAACAAUCGUUCCUGGUAGACCCGGCGGGUCAGGAUCUUGUCAGGGAAUUUCUCACUCAAUACUAUGCGAUAUACGACUCGGAAUCUCGGCAACCACUUUUAGAGGCGUACCAUGAAACUGCUACAAUGUCGAUGGCUGCAAAUUAUUUAACGAAUGAUAGCAGGAAUUCUACUACAACUAGGUUAAACUCUUACAUAUCGAACAGCCGUAAUUUAACCCGAAUAACAGAAAGGGAGUCGAGAAGGCGUUAUCUACGUACCGGAAAGCUGCAAGUAGUCUCCUUCCUAUCAGAUCUGCCAAAAACAACACACGAUUUAAUGGGUUUUGCUGUCGACUUACUAGUCUUUACUCCGGCCAUGAUCGUCCUUACAAUGAACGGUGUGUUCAAAGAAACGAACACUCCCAAUAACCCGAUGCGUUCGUUUCAUCGGACGUUCGUGAUAGUUCCGAACGCGAACGGCGGCUUCUCAAUCAUCAACGAUAUGUUAUAUAUCACGAAUACUACUAAAGAACAGGAGGAUAAGGCCUUUUCAACGGGUACUGUAGAACCGAUUCCACCUACUCCAGCGCCCACGCCUACUCCUACUCCCACGCUCGCAGCUGGGACGCCAGAUGAUUCUCAGAAGAUGCAGCUACUCAACAUGCUUGGUCAACAGACGGGAAUGAAUGAGCAUUGGAGUAUCAAUUGUCUUCAGGAAACUGGCUGGGAUUUGCAAAGGGCUAUGUUCAUCUUUAAUCAACUACACUCAGAAGGCAAGAUACCGCCUGAAGCCUUUGUAAAGUGAAUGAAUGUGAAAAACAUUUGGAGCUUAAAUUAUAACUUUGUAAAUAGUGAAAAGAGUGAAAUAGUGAGAUAUUUUAUAGAAUUAUCAGAAGAUUAUAUGGAAUUGAAAAUGUUUUUGUUGGUGUUGGAAUAAAAAAUCUACACAACAAAGUGAAUGGUCAUAAAAUGAGGAAUGUUUGUCCGAGUCGGCAAUGGAUAUGCAGUUUAUGUGAAGAGAAUUACUUUAAGGAAGUACAUGUUUGUGUACAAACUUUUUAGAAGAAUAAGAAAAUAAUGGUUUACAGAAGAAAGUCAAGAAUGCUUUUGAAAGACGGAAACAAUACAAAAGCGAAGAGUUAUCUAUUACCAAAAUAAGCUUUAAAUAAGUUUUUUCUGUAAUAGUUGAAAUUUAUGCUGAAACAAAUUACUGUAGAAAUUAUAGUACUAAAUUAUUUAUCAUCUGCAAAAUGUUUGCCCCUCCAUGGCAUCCAAUCUAAAAUUUAUGUUUUAUGGUGGUUUGGAUUAGACAAGAAUUACAAUUUCUGAGCAGAUAUUGGUGUCUACGAUUCAUUAAUUAGGUUUUUUUAUUUUUUAUUUAUCACAAAAGUAUAUACAUAUCAUAGAAGUAUAUAUACUUCUGUCAAAUACAAAAAUUAAAAACGAAUGAACAUGAUCUCGAUAUUAGAACCAUAAAAUCGAAAAUAUCGCUUCACAAAUAGUCUUACGCGAAGCAGGGUUGAAAGAGAACUGUUGUUUUAUUUACAAUCGAAUUCGAUUUUAUGGAUCCGAUUUCGUGAUUACAUUUUUAUAUUGUAAAGAGAAUUUACGCGAUCUUACUUUUUUGAAUACACCAUUGAAAUAUUUUUACAUACAUUGCUCCUAUUGUCCACUAAAAUGCAUUAUAUGUAAAAUCGUGUUAAUUCUCAUCGGUUACUUUAUCUUUCAUCUACAUUGAGACAACUGUGUUUUCUUAAUUGCUGUAAUUAAAUACUGCGCAUUUUCCGCCUUAAUUUAUGCAGAAUUGUAUUCAAGCAAACCCUGCUAAGUGGCGUGUGCAAUAGUUGACUUGUUAAAUCUGAAAGCAUAGUCCUCCAUUGCACAGUUUUCUUUUUAGCGCAUACGUUAUUGUUAUUACCGUGCCUUGUUCUCUCUUGCCAAGUAUAACUGCCCAAGUAAUACGAGAUCAGUGAGUUUGUAUGAUGCUUUCACGAAUCGUAGCCAUGAAAACACUCUUAAGGUUCAUUAACGUCACGCUCGUAAACACAAACUGUAUUUGAAUAAAAUGAAAUUGUGAAAUGAACCCUAAGUGUUUAGUAAAGAAAUUAAAUUUGCUCUCUUCGUAUAUGGGCUUAAAUAAAAGAGGCAAUGUAAUGCAAUUGUAUGUUAUAAUACUCUCAUAAAGUGCAAAAAUAAUAUACUAAUCAAAUUGGAGUUUUAACAAAAUAGGACUUGUCUAAACAUGUGUAAGUUUAAAACACUAAACAUUUUUUAGUAUCCAUCCUGUAUAUAUAUAUUAAUGUUAUUCUAAAAUACAUUUGUAUUCACUGAAUAUUAAAAUAAUAUUAAAAGAAUAUGUUGUUCUAAGACUGUAAUUAAAGAGAAAUUUGUAAAAGUUCUCAAUUAAAAUGCUUAAGUUUGGAUGCUUGGUCAAUUGCAAAAGAACAUAGCGUGCCACCGAUUGGCUGUUUGUUAGUUAAGUCUGAUAUUUUUGAUAGCACAAGAUGAUGUAUCAUUUUUACCAGCUCUUAACUCGAGCUAAAAAACAUCUAAUAUUAUGGCCUUGACUUCAUAAUUUGUAAUAAAUAUGUUUAAUAUCACCAUGAUACUUGUUGCUUAUACUAAUUAGAUAUUUUUAAGUUUGUUAGUGUUAGCUUUGGUUCCGAUGUACAUAUUACGUAAAUAGUUGUUCAUCAGUGUAUAAAUUGUUGUGAAUUUUAAAUUUAAUUCAUUAAAAAUAAUGUGAAAAAAAGAAAAGAAAAAAGAACAGAUAUUCGAAACUCGAAUCUUGUAUAUACAUUUAAAUUUAGAUUUGGGGGGCUACAAAUUAUAAUGGCGCUUCGUGGCGGUUAGCGACUUUUUUUGCACAAACCGGCAGGCUGUCGCGUCGAUUACAUUGCUUGUUUUUCUUGCAAAGCCAGCAAAUUGUCCAGAGUGCGUGAAGCAAUGGACACGGUUCAGUGCGAUUACGACGGAACCCCUUAAUAAAUUAUUUUGUGGGCUAGUCGUGUGGUCGAAUGAAUGUUAUGUUUAGAUCGAAGACGUUUGACGCUUGGUCGUGUUUUGUUUGCGAACGCGCUGCCUUCUCGUGCGCUGUGGGGGGAAAGCAUAGGGCUACGAUAUAAGAAUACGUUAAGAAAUGCAGGGAUUUAUACGAAUAAA